GCCACUCACCAUGCCCGGCAAGCACCAGCAAUUCCAGGACCCUGAGGUCGGCUGCUGUGGGAAAUACUUCCUGUUUGGCUUCAACAUCGUCUUCUGGGUGCUGGGAGCCCUGUUCCUGGCCAUUGGUCUCUGGGCCUGGGGUGAGAAGGGUGUUCUCUCCAACAUCUCAGCGCUGACAGAUCUAGGCGGUCUUGACCCCGUGUGGCUGUUUGUGGUGGUCGGGGGAGUCAUGUCAGUGCUGGGCUUUGCUGGCUGCAUCGGGGCCCUCCGGGAAAACACCUUCCUGCUCAAGUUUUUCUCUGUGUUCCUCGGCCUCAUCUUCUUCCUGGAGCUGGCGGCGGGGAUCCUGGCCUUCGUUUUCAAGGACUGGAUCCGAGACCAACUAAAUCUCUUCAUUAACAACAACGUCAAAGCCUACCGGGAUGAUAUUGACCUUCAGAACCUUAUCGACUUUGCUCAGGAAUAUUGGUCUUGCUGUGGAGCCCGAGGGCCCAAUGACUGGAACCUCAAUAUCUACUUCAACUGCACUGACUUGAACCCAAGCCGCGAGCGCUGUGGGGUGCCCUUUUCCUGCUGUGUUAGGGACCCUGCGGAAGAUGUCCUCAAUACCCAGUGUGGCUAUGACAUCCGACUCAAACUGGAGCUUGAGCAGCAAGGCUCCAUCUACACCAAAGGCUGUGUGGGCCAGUUUGAGAAAUGGCUGCAAGACAACCUGAUUGUGGUGGCCGGGGUCUUGGUGGGCAUAGCCCUCCUCCAGAUAUUUGGCAUCUGCUUGGCCCAGAACCUCAUGAGUGACAUCAAGGCAGUGAAGGCCAACUGGAGCCUGCUGUCUCAGACCUCUCCAUACUCACCAUGACCUCGAGCCUGCCCAGAGCUCGCCUUGGCCUCAGUGUCACAGCCUUUGAAAUGGGUCCAAGAAUCCUCUCUCUCGCUUGCCUCUCAGGAUCACACACGGUGAUGGCUACAAACGACUCAAUAAAUAACACUUUGAAAAACAGUG